UAUAUACUUUAGGGACUUAAUUGUAGUUAAUGAAAAAUAUUAGUAGAACGAGUGGAAGAGUUCAAAUUUUCUAGUUUUCGCACAAACUCGGGAUUCCCGCUUCUUUCACCUUUUCGCUGCCCGUUUGAAAUUUCAGUGCAGCACCGGAUCCAUUCUCUUCCAAAAGCUCUCCUCUCUCUCUCUCUCUCUCUCUCUAUUCCUCGCUCCAGUCUAGCAAUGGCGCCUCGCUUCCUCUUUCCGCAAACUCUGCGGUCUCUGGAAGAUGAACACGCAGAUGACGACGGCGACCGUCGCUGUGCUCGGAACCCUAUCGACGUCGCCUCUCUUUCGCGGUCCCAACUCGAAGAGCUCGUCAAAGGUGUUGCAUUUGACCUGUCUGAUAAGGAGGUAUUCUGCAUUGAAGAGCAAGAUAUAUUUGAUCGCGUGUACUCAUUGGUUCUUAAUUUCUCUAGCCUGGCUCAUUCUUAUAAGCUCAAUAUGGUGGAGACUCUGCGCUCGAACCUUACCGUGCUUCUCCCAAGUGUCGAUUUGCUUUCCCGAGCUGGGGAUGAUGAUCCAACCGUGUUUGACAAAAUUGCGUCACUACGAAAUGCUUUUAAAAUCUAUACAUUUUUUCUAGUUUCUAUAGUUCUGCUGGAGGAGGCUAGUAUCAGCAGUUCUAAUAACAAUUCAAAGGUGCCUUCAACUAGCAGGAAGAGACAGGCUGUGCAUUCAUGGAACUGGGAUCCACAAAGGGGUCGAAUCCUCAAUUUGAUUGCUAAUUCAUUAGAAAUCAACCUCUCAUUGCUCUUUGGAUCAACAGAUCCAGAUGAAAAUUACCUUGCUUUCAUGGUCAAAAAUGCUCUAAGCAUGUUUGAGAAUUCAACACUGCUGAAGGACUCUGAGACGAGAGAUCCAUUGUGCCGUAUACUAGGUACUUGUGCUACGAAAUACCACUACACAGCGCAGGCAUCUGCUUCCAUCAUGCACUUAAUCCACAAGCACGAUUUUGUUGUCACCUCCAUGGCUGAUACUGCUGCGUGGGCUGAAAAGAAAUACGCGGAUGGCACCCUCGCUUAUUCUCUUAUUAGAGAAAUUGGGAGGACCAAUCCAAAGAGUUAUGUGAAGGACACUGCUGGUGCUGAAAAUGUUGGACGUUUUCUAGUGGAACUUGCUGAACGGUUGCCAAAUUUAAUGUCAACCAAUGUUGGGCUCGUGAUCCCACAUUUUGGAGGGGAUUCAUACAAGAUAAGGAAUGCUCUGGUAAGUGUUUUGGGAAAAUUAGUUGUGAAGGCAUUUAAGGAUAUGGAAGGUGAAGUGAGUUCAAAGUCAAUACGUCUACGGACCAAGCAAGCCAUGUUGGAAAUCUUACUUGAGCGGUGCCGAGAUGUUUCUGCUUAUACAAGGGGCCGAACCCUACAUGUCUGGGGUGAGCUAUGUGAAGAGCAUGCUAUUUCUAUCGGUUUUUGGAAUGAGGUUGCAACUGUUGCUGCUGGACGAUUAGAGGAUAAAUCUUCCAUUGUCAGAAAAGCUGCACUAAGUUUGCUUAUAAUGAUGUUGCAGCAUAAUCCAUUUGGACCACAACUUCAAGUAGGUUUAUUCAAAGCAACUUUAGAGCAAUACAAGAAAAGGUUGAACGAGCUUGAGCCAGAUCAAGCCGAGAGUGUGGUAGAUGAUUUACCAUCUGACAGUGGCAGCAGCGGAAGACCAUCUGAAGGUGAGCAUGGAGGUGCUGAAGCGGUGUCCACGGAGCAGCAAGAAAGCUUGUCAGACAGUCAGCUGCAGGUUGAAGAAGCAAAAUGUAUUGUCCAGAAGGACGGUCGGUUGCCCGAUGUCGGGAACCUUGAGCAGACUAGGGCACUGGUUGCAUCUCUUGAAGCAGGUCUGACAUUCUCCAAGAGCAUUGCUGCAACUAUGCCUACUCUUAUACAAUUGAUGGCUUCGUCUUCUGUGACUGAUGUUGAGAAUACGAUUCUCCUGUUAAUGAGGUGCAAGCAAUUCCAAAUAGAAGGUGCAGAAGCCUGCCUUAGGAAGAUGUUACCACUGGUCUUCUCUCAAGAUAAAUCUAUCUAUGAUGCUGUGGAGAAUGCAUUUAUCACAAUUUACAUCAAGGCUAACCCAAUAGAAACAGCGAAGAAUCUUUUGAAUCUUGCUAUUGAUUCAAAUAUAGGGGAUCUUGCGGCUUUGGAAUUGAUCGUCAGUGCCUUGGUGUCCAAAGGUGAUCUAUCAAACAAUACGAUAUCAGCCUUAUGGGACUUCUUCUGCUUCAAUAUAAGUGGAACCACUGCAGAACAAAGUCGAGGAGCUCUUUCAGUCCUUUGCAUGGCUGCAAUUUCAUGCAAUGGAAUUCUGGGAUCUCAUUUGCAAGAUAUUAUUGAUAUUGGCUUUGGUCGCUGGGCCAAAAUUGAUCCUCUGCUUGCCAGAACUGCAUGCAUUGCCAUUCACAGACUUUCUGAAGAGGACAGGAAAAAGAUGUUGGCCAAUAGUGGUAACCGUGUAUUUGGUUUGUUGGGAAGUUUGGUUACUGGUUCCUGGCUGCCCGAUAGCACGUGGUAUGCUGCUGCUGAUAAAGCUAUCAGUGCUGUAUAUACUAUUCAUCCAGCUCCAGAAGCCUUUGCUGCAGAUAUGGUGAAGAAAUCACUUAUUACUGUUUUUCAUGCAAGUGGAGAAGACUUGCAAAAUGAAACCGAGGAUGGUGCUACCACUGCUCUUACAGAAGUCCAAGUAGCAAAACUUAGUAGGUUCUUGUUUAUUGUAAGUCAUGUUGCCAUGAAUCAGUUGCUGUAUAUAGAAUCUUGUAUUCGCAAGGUCCAGAAGCAGAAGACUUCCAAGGAUAAGGCAUUGGAGAGUCAGAAAGAUGACACUAAUGGGGCACAUAAGGAUGAUGAUAUCAAUGCUGAGCUUGGUGUUUCUGCCUCUGAAGAUGCAAUAAUUGAUUCUCUAUCAGAAAGAGCAGAGAAAGAAAUUGUCUCUGGGGGAUCCAGUGACAAAUAUUUGAUAGGACUUUGUGCUCCUUUCUUAUCAAACCUUUGUAGAAAUUUCAACCUGAUGCAAAAGUAUCCGGAGCUACAGGCAUCAGGAAUGCUUGCUCUUGCUCGAUUCAUGGUCAUUGAUGCUGGUUUUUGUGAGGCAAAUCUCCAGCUUCUUUUCACAGUGGUCGAAAAAGCGCCAUCUGAAACAGUUCGUUCGACUUGCACUAUUUGUCUUGGAGAUUUGGCUGUCCGGUUUCCUAAUUUGUUAGAGCCAUGGACUGAAAACAUGUAUUCCCGUUUACGAGAUCCUUCAGUUUCAGUCAGAAAAAAUGCAGUGCUGGUCCUCUCUCACCUCAUAUUAAAUGACAUGAUGAAGGUAAAAGGUCAUAUAAACGAGAUGGCAAUAUGUUUAGAAGAUGAAGAGGAGAGGAUUUCAAGUCUGGCUAAACUUUUUUUCCAUGAAUUAUCCAAGAAAGGAGCCAAUCCGAUAUACAAUUUACUACCGGACAUACUUGGAAAGCUAUGUAAUCAAAAUCUCAAAAAGGAGGCCUUCUGCAACAUAAUGCAGUUUUUAAUUGGGUCUAUAAAGAAGGACAAACAAAUGGAGGCUCUUGUUGAAAAGCUCUGCAACAGGUUCUGUGGAGUUACUGAUGUUAAGCAGUGGGAGUACAUUGCUUACUGUCUUGCUCAGCUCACAUUCACUGAGAAGGGGAUGAAAAAGCUCAUCGAGUCAUUUAAGACAUAUGAGCAUGUGCUAUCUGAGGAUUCUGUUAUUGAGCACUUCAAAACCAUAAUCACUAAGGCGAAGAAGUUUGCGAAACCAGAAAUCAAAGCUUGCAUUGAGGAGUUUGAGGAAAAGCUCAACAAGUUCCAUAUUGAGAAGAAGGAGCAAGAUGCCACUGCGAGAAAUGCCCAAGUACAUCAGGAGAAAGUUGUUGAAAGAGCUGGUCUGGUUGCAGCAACUAACAAAAAUUAUGAAAGUGAUGAGUCUGAUAUUUCAGAAGAGGGUGAUACAGCUGAGCCAUCCAUGGAAGCAACUUCUCCUUCUGAAGACAACUCAGCAGAUCCUAAUUCCAAUGGAACUGUUGAAGAUUCAGGUCGUUCAAGCGAGCUCUCGCGAGUGGAGCCAUCUGUGGAAGUAACUUCUCCUGAAGACGACUCAGCAGAUCCUAAAUCCGAUGAAACAGUUGAAGAUUCAGGUCCUUCAAGUGAGCUCUCACAAGUGGAGCCUGUAUCAGAUGGCAAUGAAGUCCAAUCUGUAAAAAGGUCGGCCAAAUCCAGAAGACACAAAAAGAGCAACAUGAAAGAUCAAGCCAGCAAUGCCAAUACAUCCAGGAGGAUAAGUACCAGGACAAGGGCAAAGGUAGAGUUUUGACAAAACUAGCUCUUUUUUGUAUGCACUCUCUGCCUUCGUCUAAUGGUCAUCUACACCACAAUUUCAUCAUAAAUCUGGGCGUUGGAUAUUAUUUAUGGUCUCCUCGUAUGCUUAUGACAACAACAAAACCAUUGUCUGCAUCAACCCUUGUAUUUGUGUAGCUUGUCAAUUCCUUGUCAAUUAGUUCUAGGAAUGUUAGCCAUCACAUCGCGUGUCACGGCUUAAACUACAAUUAAUGAUUUGUAAGAUUAAGUUGUUGUGUGUCAGUCUGUUUUGUUCUUCAAUCUUCCUUAUAUGAAUUGCUUCAAAUAUCCUCAUUACAGCAAAACUUGUUGCAUCACAGCUCUUCAUUAUAUAACUCGUAUAACUUAAGCACAAAAAUACGCUUUGGAAAACAUAGGAAUCAAGUGUUCUACAUUGUAUAUGGUAGAGAGUUGGGGAGAAUUGGUACAUAAAAGUUACAACAAUCC